AUGGCACAAACUCCUAUUGGUGCUAUCGCUUCUGUCAGCGCUUUUAACGGGAAACGUCUCAAGGUCGUCGUUGUAGGCGAGGGAGGCAAUAUCCUCGAUGUCAACUGUCGGUUUGGCCACGAUAGAGCAAAGAACGCCAGCCUGCCGAAUUAUCUGCCGCUCCCUGAUGGGCGGCGAACUCAAGGAUCUCUCUGGACCGACGGAGGAGUGCUUGACACUGCUCACCCUGACUCAAAACUUGCGGCAUGCACUAUCGAGCGACUUAACGUAGCAAACUUCUUCUAUCAGCUUCCAGAUGGGAGUAUUGUCAUGCGACGCUGCAGUAUGGAGUCUGACUGGAAAUGGGAAACUGGAUAUACUUCUAUUCUUUCGAGCGAGAGCGAAUACCCUCCUGAUCUUGGAACUAGUAUUGUCGUUCAGCCUAGCGUCUUACGUGCCGGCGAUGGUAACAGUUUGACUUCUUCUAGUAAGCUAGACCAAACAUCUUCCGGCCAUAUUGGAAUACAAAGAAUGAAUGAGUUGGGCGAGCUCCAAGGAACCCUCUUUCGAGGGCGGCUAAGCAUUCCGCGUUGUACCCCCUUCACAGCUCUCAUGUCCGGUAAUAAUUUCACGAUCUCAUAUAUCACCCUCAAUACACAGGAAAUCUGGGAAUGUAACGGUACUCUCACCACAGGUCCUUGGCGCGAGCUCGAGGACGAUGAAUCCUAUGUAUCUGCCGCUCAGCGUGUGAUAUUGGAAACCCCACCCACACCUUUUUGCGUACAGAUGGCUUCCUACCAAGCCGACCAACCGAUUUUCUACUCCAUGGUCUCUAGCACUUUUAAAAGCAUCGUUUGGUCCUCUAACCGGGCUCGUCGAUCCUAUCGCUUUGAGGUUCGUGGAAUGCCAGGCACUCCUAUUGCGCUCUCAGGCUACUCCCUCGCGUGGUCGAGUCUAAAUGUUUUGUUCGUCGAUAUCACUGGUGCAGUCAAUAUAGGUCGACUAGGAUCUGGAUCUGUCGAUGGAACCAAACAACCUGAAUGCUUCCCCAUCCCACUAGGCUCGAUGCGGAAUGCAUUUUCCUGGGCGCCAAGUCCCGAUUUGGGUGCUCGCGAUGUGCUUGAGGAAGCAGAAGAAUGUCCAGCGCCUUGCGAAGUUGUCCAAAUCAAGGAGACGGAAUCAACAGAGGUAGCUCACGAGUGUGCGGAUGCGCAACCCUGCCCCAGUCCUUGCCCCGAUCCUUGCCCCAAUCCAUGCAGUGACGAGGCCGAACGCGACGAAGUCAACGAAGAACACAACGACGCGAGCAUAGAAUACAAGCCAGCAGAUGGGUGCUGCGGAGACGAGCCUAUUAUUUGUGGAGCCGAAACCCCCGUCGAUACUGACGAAGGCGUGUUGGAGGAAGCCGAUAGAGGGUCCAGCUACGGAGUUUGUUCGACCUGUGAUGGGAACGAAGACGAGGAUGUGUGUUCGGAACCUCCUUUUAACGGAGAUGCUGAUAUCGUGGUCGAGGUCGAACAGGAUAUAUGCGAACUUCCUGAACCGUACCUACCAGUCGAAGAAAUGGGUGAUGCGCCUUUCGAAGAUCCCGUCUUAUCGGAAGAAUCGACCACACCGACUUUCCCAGUUGCCAUUCCUCUACCAGAAGAGCCCGCUCUCAUAUCGAGGACGUGCCACUUACAUCUAUUCCUCCCAGCCCUCCCCGUUCAAGUAGUCCUUGCUUGCCGGAGCCGGUACAGGAAGCGCCAAUUGUGGACUCAAAUACGCCUUUCGUUGACAUACUUUAUGAACGCCUUCGAUUCAUAUUCAAACCUUCUGGAGGCCGGUACAUAUCGCUUCAACUUCCCGCCAGGCGCGUGGAUCAAAUUUCCUCGAUAUAUUGUGCCUGAAUUAAAUGCCAAACUCUCGGACGAGCUCUUCGAUGUUGCCAACUUGAUCCCCAAUCCGGAUACCGAAAUCAGCAGAAGUUUGAACAUUCAACGGGCGAUAAUCCUUCAGCACUUGUCUCAACUUGAGCAAAGCGCCACUUCAACGAGCUUGAAUAAUUCUAUCACCUCAAACGAAGUCGUCGAUCCUCUUCGACCAGAGGCAAAUCAAGUUGCUACAUCAGACAAGGCAAUGCGAAUUAUUUGGACGCACACUACGGAAACAGAGCUGAUGGGAUAUUUGGAUGUCAAGACGGGUUGCGAAUCGCUACAUGAUGCGAGGUCCUUGUUCCGCAAGUCGGGCCGAAGCUACAUAGAUACGUCUAAGCCGACACUCCCCAUUACGAUGACGCCGUUUGAUUGGUAUGAAGCAAGUCAGACUUCUUGGAUCCUGAGGAGCUUAAUCAUGAUUCGCGGUGCUCAAUCUCAACUAGACCGGAAGUUAUCUGAUAUGGAUUCUCUUACCGCUCAACUGAUUCCUUUCAUUCGGUCGAGUGUUGAGGAUUAUCAAGAUCUAGAGCUCGAAGUCCAAUCAUUGAAACAAGUUCUCAAGCAAUCUGAUUCCAACAGCUCAGUUGCUAGCUUGCUUCGAUGCAUUCACGAUACCCCUCUGUCCGACGAGCCUAAUGAUCGGGACUUCGACCUCGCUACUGUAUCCAACCGCCUGGGAGCUAUCAAGGCCAUCGAUCGUAAACUGAUGCACGCUACACGUUCUCUCACUCUUAAACGAGCACAGGAAACAAUGACGAAACCAGACGGCACCAAUAUGCAACUGCGAUCUUCACUGGAAUCCAAGAUUCUCGAGCAUCAGGCAUUUAUCGAAGCUUACAUAAAGCUCAUUCGGGCGUCGUCCGAGCGGUACGCACUCAACCUUCAGACAUCGAUUUCACAAGUGCACCUCCCGUACUCCAACGACCCGCGCUGGUCCAUCGUCAACAUUUCGACCGAGGUUCCUAAUACGACAUGGGACGAUGCUGCGGUCGGCGUUGGACUCUUCCGGGUUUCGCUCGUCAAUAUCGAUCGUGGAGCAUGGUUCAAAUCGGACUUGAUGAAGCAUUCGGACCAGUUUAUGAGACUGCCUGUCGAACGCAUACUCCAAGGAGAUUUCGUCCCCAAGGCUCUUUGGCCGCUCUGCCUGCUGGAUAAUAUCCUCAUCAAGAUUCAUACUCCAGAACAAGCUAGCGGCGCGACCAAGGAGACAUUGAUCAAGCAGGCGGCCACGGCCCACGGUAUUCUCGGCUUUGGAUUUGCACCCCAAGCAUCAGCGCAUGGGAACCCAGCUGCGAUGCAUAUCAGCUUACGUGAUCUGUAUAAGCUCGGAUAUAUGAUGCAGUUGACGCCACCCGAUUUGAGUGUCGAAUAUAACUCGCAGCUAGUAGAAUCUAGUAUUGGAGCGAUGAUAGGCAAAGUUCAAGUCAGUGGAAGGGCGCUUGAGAAGGUGGAGUAUUAG